CUCCCAUAUCCAGCUAAAUGCGCCCCCCUGGCUGUUGAUGACGUUGAAAUUAUUCGGUUAUGGCGUCAACGUCCUCCGAAUGGAUUUUCUUGACUUGCGCAAUAACCCUUGUUUAUAGAUGAUUUUCUGACUCUGUUUCCUCACUACAGUUCAAUUGGUGUUCUGUAGUUGCGAGGUUCUCACAGAGCUUAAAUGGUGGGGAGAAGGAAGCCUCUCGUGCUUUCUUCUACGAAAUCACUUCUCAAUUCCGUGCUCAAUUCAUCCAGUAAAGAGAAAAUAAAUGGAAUUGACGGUGCUUCGGUUAACAAAUACUCCCUCGGCGACGGCGAUGGCGAUGCACCGACUAUGUUGCAGUUGCGUGCGGGUAUUCUUAGAUUGUCUGAGGACAAAUUAGGAAAGAAGGUGGCUUCUCUCGAUGAUGCUGCCUUGAUUGGGCUUUCUACAUCGCUUCUCAAAAGGCUACUGAUUACCUCGGGUUCACUGGUAAUUGUUAAAAAUGUGGAUUCCCAGAUACAAAGAAUCAGUCAAGUUGUGGCUCUUGAUCCUCCCAGUGAUCAUGAUAUCACAUCUCACAACGAAUCACUCUCAUAUGAUUCUUCAUAUGCAAUGCUUGCAUUUCCUUCAUGUAGUUUCCCUAUGAUGAAUCAUGUACCAUUGGCUACAGAAGUUGCUUAUGUCUCUCCUCUUUUAGCAUUUAAUCUUGGUUUGCAUACCUCAUGCUUGAGAUUGCUUCUUCACCAUGGAGAAACAAAACUGGCUUCUUUAUUUGAGACUAAACAAGAAAACGAACCGAAUGAGGACUUCUCUGUUAACCUAGAUAUUGAGCCUUUGACAAAAUCACCAAGAUAUGCCUCACAUUUGAGGGUGUCUUUUGUAAAGAUACCAGAAUGUGGUACCAUUGGUUCUCUUGUAGGAACUUCAUCCAUUGAAACUGAAAAUCGUCAGGAAAAGAUCGAUCUGGCCUUAAACGAGUACUUUUCCAUAGAUAGAUGUCUUGCCAGAGGUGAUGUUUUCAGUAUCUUCAUCAAUUGGAACUGCAAAUCAGCCAUAUGCAUUCCUUGUAGCCAAAAGAAACAAAAUGAUACCAAUCUAUACUUUAAGGUGGUUGCAAUGGAACCUUCAAAUGAACCGAUUCUUAGAAUAAAUCGUGCCCAAACUGCCCUUGUGCUUGCAGCAAGUACUCCAUCUGCUCUUCCUCCAGAUCUUUUACUUUCUGGACAAAGAGGUUUUGCACCUUUACAUCAAGACACAGUAAAGACCCUGGCCUCUAUUAUCACACCAACUUUAUGCCCAUCAGCACUUUCAUCAAAAUUCAGGGUUGCUGUUCUUUUGUUUGGUUUACCUGGUUGUGGGAAGAGGACUGUUGUGAAGCAUGUUGCUUCUCAACUUGGGCUGCAUGUGGUUGAGUAUAGUUGUCAUGAUUUACUUGCAUCUUCAGAGAGGAAGGCUUCUUCCAUGUUGGCUCAAGCUUUCAGUGCAGCUCGUAGAUAUGCACCAACUAUUCUUCUGCUGCGCCAUUUUGAUGCUUUCAGCAAUUUGAGCUCUAAUGAUGGUUCACAAAAUGAUCAAGUUGGUAUGAAUUCUGAAGUUGCAUCUGUCAUCAGGGAAUUCACUGAGCCAUCUAGACAAGAUGAUGAUUAUGAAGAUGAAGAAGAAGAAGAAGCAGAGCAUAUGAACGCGAUUAAUACCCAUCCUGUGCUGCUAGUUGCAGCUGCUGAUAACUCUGAAGGGUUGCCACCUACAAUUAGGCGUUGUUUCAGCCAUGAAAUGAAAAUGGGAGCUUUGACCGAAGACCAGAGAGUGGAAAUGCUAUCCCAGUCACUUCACCUUAUCCCUGAAUUGGUUCCAGAUACUUGUACAGAGGAUGUUGUAAAAGAUAUGGUUGGACAGACAUCCGGUUUCAUGCCAAGGGAUAUUAGGGCUUUAGUUGCUGAUGCUAGUUCAAGUUUGAUUCCUAUUAAUGGCAGUAGCUAUGAGAAGUUGGGUGACAGCAAAGAAUUCAUGGUCAAAGCUUUGGAGAGGUCAAAGAAAAGGAACGCAUCGGCUUUGGGGACUCCCAAGGUCCCUAAUGUUAAGUGGGAGGAUGUUGGUGGGCUGGAAGAUGUGAAAAAAUCUAUUCUUGAUACAGUUCAGCUCCCCCUUCUGCAUAAAGAUUUGUUUUCAUCUGGUCUGCGUAAGCGCUCUGGUGUUCUUCUUUAUGGUCCUCCUGGUACUGGGAAAACGUUGCUGGCCAAAGCUGUUGCAACCGAAUGUUCUCUUAAUUUCUUAAGUGUCAAAGGGCCUGAAUUAAUCAACAUGUACAUUGGAGAAUCAGAGAAAAAUGUACGCGACAUAUUUCAGAAGGCUCGAGCAGCCCGUCCAUGUGUCAUCUUCUUUGAUGAACUCGAUUCUCUUGCUCCAGCCAGAGGUGCUUCUGGUGAUUCUGGUGGAGUUAUGGAUCGUGUAGUUUCUCAGAUGCUUGCAGAGAUUGAUGGCCUGAAUGAUUCAUCCCAGGACUUAUUCAUAAUUGGAGCAAGCAAUAGACCAGAUCUAAUAGAUGCAGCACUUUUAAGGCCUGGUCGUUUUGAUAAGCUGCUUUAUGUUGGAGUGAAUUCAGACCCAUCUUAUCGGGAGAGGGUUCUAAAAGCACUGACUAGGAAAUUUAAGUUGCAUGAAGACGUGUCUCUUUAUGAAAUAGCAAAGAAAUGUCCCUCAAAUUUUACUGGUGCAGACAUGUAUGCCUUGUGUGCAGAUGCUUGGUUCCAUGCUGCAAGGCGCAAGGUUUUAGACGCUGAUGCAGACCCAACUUCCAUGAAGGAUGAAGUCGAUUCUGUGGUUGUUGAAUAUGAAGAUUUUGUGAUGGUGUUAGUAGAGCUCUCUCCCUCACUUUCUCUAGCCGAGCUCAGAAAAUAUGAGUUACUCAGAGAUCAAUUUCAAGGAACCGGAACCUCUUCAAAAUAAAAGUCCAAGUCUAUUUUACAUUUAUGUAUGUAUAUUAUUGCAUUAAAGC